AAGAAAUGGCAGAAGGAUUGCGGAAGUGAAAUAAACCAACAUGGACAGCAGCGAGAAAGGGAGUCUGGCUCAGGUGAAGCACGUGGUUCUGGUUCUGUCUGGUAAAGGUGGAGUGGGGAAGAGCACCAUCACCACUGAACUCGCCCUGGCGCUCGUACAUGCGGGCAAGAAGGUGGGUAUCCUGGACGUGGAUCUGUGUGGGCCCAGUAUCCCGCGGAUGCUGAGUGUGGGGAAGCCGGAGGUGCAUCAGUGUGACGCGGGGUGGGUGCCUGUCUACGCAGACCCCCAGCAGAAGCUCGCGAUCAUGUCCAUCGGCUUCCUGCUGGAGGAUUCGGAUGAGGCUGUCAUAUGGAGGGGGCCCAAAAAAACAGCUCUGAUUGGGCAGUUUGUCAGUGAUGUGGCAUGGGGCGAACUGGACAUCCUGCUGGUGGACACGCCCCCGGGGACGUCAGACGAACACCUGGCCGUGCUCGAGAACCUGCGCAAACACAGAGUGGAUGGAGCCGUGCUGGUCACUACACCACAGGCAGUGUCUACAGGAGAUGUGCGGCGCGAGAUCACCUUCUGUAAGAAGACAGCCGUGAAAAUCCUGGGCAUCGUGGAGAACAUGAGCGGCUUUGUGUGUCCACACUGUUCUGAGUGCAGUAACGUUUUCUCUAAAGGUGGAGGUGAGGAAUUAGCCAAGCUCACAGGAUCUGUGUUUCUAGGCUCAGUGCCGCUGGAUCCGCUCUUGACAGCGACUUUAGAGGAGGGGCGGGACUUCCUGCAGGCGUUUCCAGAGAGCAGCACGUACACGGCCAUCAGUCAAAUAGUGAACACUGUCCUCAGCAGCCUGGAUGCCUGAAACAGUACUGACUGAACACGGUCGAUACACGACAGACACUGAGAUGACGCUUCACAUUCCUGUUUCAUCUGAUGUCUUUUGUAAUGAGAGGAUUUAUCUGUAAAAUCGAUCUGAAAUCUGGAGAAUACUAGAUAUGUAUCUUGAUAAUGCAAUGCGUUUUAAACGUGUAGCUUUGAAUAAAAAAAUACUAGAUGUAAAA